AUGAGUAGUUUACUAUCUCGAAUUCGCUCCUUAUUUCGUCCUGUGACUAAAGUUCGAGGAAGUAAUAAUAACUCCGAAACAUUAUUAAGAAGAGUAAGGCUGUGUCUUCUAACUGCAGUUGCUGGUUAUGACAAUAAGCACACAAAAUACCCAACAAGAAUCUCACCUAAAUGGGUUUACGGUGAUGAUGCUUGCUUCCUAUCUGUGACUGAUUCUUCGUACGUGUUGGGUGUUGCUGAUGGUGUUGGUGGUUGGAGGUCGUACGGGGUCGAUCCUGGUCGGUUCUCCAGAGCAGUUAUGAAAAAUUGUGAACGUCUUGUGAAUUCUGGUCGUUUUAUUCCCGACAAACUGGAGGUUUUAAUUUCCCAGUGCUAUGAGGAUGUCCUCAAUUCGAAAGAACUUAUCCUGGGUAGCGCGACCCUAUGCAUAAUUUCAUUACAACGUAAUGAACAUCGAGUUUAUGGCGUUAGUUUAGGUGACAGUGGCUAUUUGGUUAUACGUGAAGGACAUGUGAUUCAGCGUUCAGUUCACCAAAAGCAUUCAUUCAAUACACCAUUCCAACUAUCUUGUCCACCUACGCUUCAUUCAAGGCGUUUUCAUAGUGAUUUACCUAACCAAGCUACCCAAACAUCUGUAGAAGUCAAACCGGGUGACAUAAUAAUCGUGGGCACUGAUGGUUUGUUCGAUAAUUUACCAGAAUCAAUGAUAUUACAAGAGGUGAAAACCGUUGAGCUACUCACCAACUGUACGAUUGACAGCCUAAAACAGUGUGCUACACGACUUGUAGAGCAAGCUCGAAGUGCGGCAUUUGCUCCUGAUUUCGUUUCUCCAUUCGCUAGUGAAGCACGUCGUUACGGUAUAAAUAUUGCAGGUGGAGUUCCUGGUGAUAUAACUGUCAUUCUAGGAUUAGUUAUUGAAGAUAAAUCAUCACCAACAUUAACUUGUGAUGUUUUAUGUAAAACUAGUGGUCAUGUAAAGAAAACACGAUCCUCAUUAAAUAGUCAUCAUCAUCAUCUACUUCAAUCAAAUCGUAGCUUAUCGUGUUUUGAAUUAAACUGUAAUAAAUCUCAUUCAUUUACUUCUUUGUCUUCAUCAUUAUCAACUCCUCCAACUGUUACUUCUUUUUCUUCAGAAUGA